AUGGCGAACACAUCAUCACAAGAAGUCCUCACCAUCUCGGAGCUGAAGCGAGCAGCUUCCGCUAAGCUGGACAAGACCGCCCGAGAGUACUUCAAUGAAGGGGCGAUGGAUAUGAUCACUCUCAGAGAUAACGAGCAUGCUUUCGACAAGUACAAGAUUCGUCAACGCAUUCUCGUCGAUGUAGCCUCAGUAGAGACGAGGAUUACCAUGUUGGGGUCCGAAAUUGCUCUCCCGCUCGCUUUCGCACCCGCUGCUAUGCACGGUCUUGCUCAUCAUGAAGCUGAGAAAGGCACGUCAAGAGCGGCCGCAGCCAAAAGUAUCCCUAUGGGACUUUCAACCUAUGCGACCACCUCACUUGAGGAUGUCAUAGAAGAGAAGGGAGAAAGCUCGACUCCUUACAUGUUUCAACUGAGCGUCACAAAAGACCGCUCGGUCCCACUGGAUUUGAUGAAGCGGGCAGAGAGUAAGCAAUAUUUUGAGCCUAGUUGA